AUGGUGAUGAGAUAUCUAUAUGUAAAACGAACUGUCAUUCUUGCCUCUACAGAGUGUCCAAAGCCGGACUAUGUUCAUUUCAACCCCACCGGCAUCUGCUACAAGUCCUUCGCGGAGGAGAAGACGUACGAUGAGGCCAAGCAGACGUGUGCCGCAGACGGGGGGAUGUUAGCCAUGCCGAAGGACGAGGCGACCAACACGUUUAUCUCCAGCCUGGAAUACGGAGACGUGGGUCGUUGGAUCGGGCUGAGUGACGCCGCCAGCGAAGGGAACUGGGUGUUCGAGGACGGACAGACUCUCGCGUCAACCGGCUAUAACAACUGGAACCGAGGUGAACCGAAUGGUGGCGAAGGUGAAAACUGUAUCACCUUACGUUUGGGGGGUCCCACGUGGAAUGAUAUGGGAUGCAACGGCAAUAAGAGAUUCAUAUGUCAGCUAUAUCAAGGAAACCAUGCCUUUGAGGUCCUCCGUACUGCAAACCAGACGUAUGAAGGAGUCGAUUUCUUCGCCAUCGAGGCGAGGCUGCCAGCUGACGGCCUUUCUGCCUCUUUGGACUGGUGCAAGGAUUACCAAAACCUCUGUGGUCACUACGGACUGAGACCCACGGGCUGUGGGGAGAUCUGGGCAGUCCCGGAUAGGAGUGCCAGCGACCCGAAUGCUAUCCGGUAG